AAGUUAUGAAUUCGACAAGUUCUUAAAAAAUAUUUUAUACAAUCAAUGGUAAAUUCAUAUUUGAGCUUUCAUUCUCAGAAUGACUUGCACAUCUACAUAGAUCUAUACCUUCUGUGUUGAAAGUGCUUUUUUAACUACAAUGUCAAUGUGGAAUCGAGUGCAAUUUUCAAAGAGCUAAACUUCAUAGAUUAACAGGUAGUGAAAUGUCGGGUGAUGAACAUUUUGUUUGGAUGGGUAAAGCAAUGGAACUUGCCCACAAUGCUUUGAAAAAUAGAGAAGUUCCUGUCGGUUGCAUCAUGGUGUACAAGGACGAGGUGAUCGCUACUGGCAGGAAUGAGGUCAACGAGACGAAGAAUGCUACCAGACAUGCAGAGAUCGUUGCCAUUGAAGAAGUGUUUAAGUGGUGUAAAGCUAAUGAUAAAAAAGCGACUGAGGUGUUUUCAGAACUGGUCUUAUAUGUGACGGUGGAACCAUGCAUCAUGUGUGCUGGGGCUCUGAAACAAAUGCAUGUGCCCAUGGUUGUGUUCGGAUGUGCCAAUGAAAGAUUCGGUGGCUGUGGUUCCAUCUUGAAUGUGGCGAGUGAUGAUCUUCCGAGUCUUGGACCCAAGUUUGUUUGUAUAUCUGGUGUGAUGGCAGAUGAAGCUGUAAAAUUGCUGAAAAACUUUUACAAGGGAGAAAACCCACAUGCACCAGAAGAUAAGCGGAAGAGCAAACAAGCAGCGCCAUCUGUGGGAAGCGAUGCCUCAUAAAAGAACUGCAAGAAAUACAAACACAAUAUGUCACUUUUCAUAUUUUGUUAAAAACUUAUAAAUAUGAUAAGCAAAAGACAUCAUAUCUUAAGUUGUGAAAUUUUUG